GACCAACUGAGUGCCAUACUGAAUUCCAUUCAGUCACGGCCAAACCUCCCAGCUCCUUCCAUCUUUGAUCAAGCUGCAAAACCUCCCUCUUCCCUAGUCCACAGUCCAUUUGUGUUCGGACAACCCCUUUCCUUCCAGCAGCCUCAGCCACAGCUUCAGAGUGACCGAAUGAAUUUCACAGGAGCUGCUAGACCAGUCUCUCCAGCAGGAAAAUCAGACAUGUCAUCAAAACACAGAGCUGACUGCAGGUCACCCAAGCUUGAUGUGCGAAUGAAUAGAGCUGCUGCUGACCAGAAGAAAGCUAGAAAUACAGAAGGCCUAUCUGCCAGUGAGUGUCUUAUGCUGAAAUCAGAUGCUGCAAAGUUACGCUCAGACUCGCACAGCAGAUCUUUGUCGCCAAAUCAUAACACUCUGCAAACACUAAAAAAUGAUGGAAGAACAACUACUGGUCUGAGAGCUGAAUCUCCAGGCCCAGGAACUCGGUCAUCUUCUCCAAAGACAAAGACACUUACAGCUGUUAGAUCUGGUGCUAGUUCUCCACGAUCCUCAUCACCCCAUGACAAAACUCUACCUCAGAAAGCUCCAUCCCCUGUAAAAACAAAGCUUGAUCCUCCUCGAGAACGCUCCAAAUCAGAUUCUUACACUUUAGAUCCAGACACGCUUCGUAAAAAGAAAGUGCCACUAACAGAACCCUUAAGGGGGAGGUCCACUUCACCCAAACCAAAAAUUAUUGCAAAAGAUGGAAAACCUGUUACAGAAACUGAAAAUAGAGCACCUUCCCCUCAUGUCGUACAAGAAAAUCUUCACAGUGAGGUAGUUGAAGUAUGUACUUCAAGUACUUUAAAGACUGACAGCAUCACAGAUACCACCUGUGAUGACAACACUGAGUUCAGAAGUGUGGAUGAUGGUUCUAAUAAAGUUCAUUUCAGCAUAGGAAAAGCACCACUGAAGGACGAGCAAGACAUGAGAGCAUCUCCAAAAGUGAGCCGUAAAUGUGCUGGUAGGCACACAAGACCCAAAAAGGAAAAAUCUAGCUUUCUUUUCAAAGGAGAUGGCUCCAAGCCCAUAGAGCCUGCCAAGCAAGCCAUGUCACCUUCUGUUGCAGAAUGUGCUAGAGCUGUGUUUGCUGCAUUUCUGUGGCAUGAGGGAAUAGUUCAUGAUGCUAUGGCAUGCUCAUCUUUUUUGAAGUUUAAUCCAGAACUGUCCAAAGAGCAUGCACCCAUACGAAGCAGUCUUACUCAACAGCCUGCAGAGGAAAAGGAAACCAAGUUGAAAAAUAGACAUUCAUUGGAAAUAUCAUCUGCUCUUAACAUGUUCAACAUCUCACCUCAUGGGCCAGAUAUAUCUAAAAUGGGUAGCAUCAAUAAAAACAAAGUCCUCUCAAUGUUGAAAGAACCACCUCUGCAUGAGAAGUGCGAGGAUGGAAAAACUGAAACUACCUCCUUUGAUACAUCCAGUCAUCACACAAUGAAAUCCAAGUCCCCUCUUCCGUUAACACUGCAGCACUUAGUAGCUUUCUGGGAAGAUAUUUCUUUAGCAACUAUUAAAGCAGCUUCUCAAAACAUGAUUUUUCCAAGUCCUGGUUCUUGUGCAGUGUUGAAAAAGAAGGAAAGUGACAAGGAUAGCAAAAAAGCUAAAAAAGAGAAAAAGAAAAAAGAAAAGGUUGAGACUAGGCCAAGGGGAAAUCUUUUUGGUGAGAUGGCUCAGCUUGCAAUGGGAGGACCUGAAAAAGACACUAUCUGUGAAUUGUGUGGAGAAUCCCAUCCAUAUCCAGUGACUUACCACAUGAGACAAGCUCAUCCAGGUUGUGGCCGUUAUGCAGGUGGCCAAGGUUAUAACAGCAUUGGGCACUUUUGUGGAGGAUGGGCUGGUAAUUGUGGUGAUGGUGGCAUUGGAGGAAGCACUUGGUAUUUGGUUUGCGAUCGAUGCAGAGAAAAGUAUCUCCGUGAAAAGCAAGCAGCAGCAAGAGAGAAGAUUAAACAAUCUAGGAGAAAACCAAUGCAAGUUAAGACACCUCGUGCCUUGCCAACUAUGGAAGCUCAUCAAGUAAUUAAAGCCAAUGCACUCUAUUUACUGUCUCUGAGUAGUGCUGCUGAGCCCAGUAUCCUCUGCUAUCACCCUGCAAAAGCGUUCCAAUCUCAGCUUCCCAGUGUCAAAGAAGGAAUUUCUGAAGACUUUCCCAUUAAAAUGCCAUGUCUCUAUCUACAGACUUUAGCAAGGCAUCAUCAUGAAAAUUUUGUCGGGUACCAGGAUGACAACCUCUUCCAGGAUGAGAUGAGAUACUUGCGCUCAACUUCAGUACCUGCACCAUACAUCUCAGUUACUCCUGAUGCAAGCCCUAAUGUCUUUGAAGAGCCAGAGAGUAACAUGAAAUCUAUGCCCCCAAGUUUGGAAACCAGCCCGAUAACAGAUACAGAUCUUGCCAAGCGCACAGUCUUUCAAAGAUCAUAUUCAGUUGUUGCAUCAGAAUAUGACAAACAGCACUCAAUUUUGCCAGCACGUGUAAAGGCAAUUCCCAGGAGACGAGUCAACAGUGGAGAUGCAGAAGUGGGGUCCUCUCUCCUGAGACAUCCAUCUCCUGAACUUUCUCGGUUAAUCUCCGCCCACAGCUCUCUUUCCAAAGGAGAGAGAAAUUUCCAGUGGCCAGUAUUGGCAUUUGUAAUCCAGCAUCAUGAUCUGGAAGGACUUGAAAUUGCAAUGAAACAAGCCUUACGGAAAUCUGCUUGCCGAGUCUUUGCCAUGGAGGCCUUCAACUGGCUUCUUUGUAAUGUCAUUCAAACAACUUCUCUUCAUGAUAUUUUAUGGCAUUUUGUGGCUUCCCUGACUCCUGCACCUGUAGAGCCUGAAGAAGAAGAGGAUGAAGAAAAUAAAUCAAAUAAAGAAAAUGCAGAACAAGAAAAAGACACAAGAGUAUGUGAACAUCCUCUGUCGGAUAUAGUGAUUGCUGGCGAAGCAGCUCACCCGUUACCCCACACUUUUCAUCGCCUUCUUCAGACAAUCUCUGAUCUUAUGAUGUCUCUUCCCAGUGGUAGUGCAUUACAGCAAAUGGCCUUAAGGUGCUGGAGUCUCAAAUUCAAACAAUCUGACCACCAGUUCCUGCACCAGAGCAAUGUUUUCCAUCAUAUCAACAAUAUUUUGUCUAAAUCUGAUGAUGGAGAUAGUGAAGAGAGUUUCAGUAUCAGCGUUCAGUCUGGUUUUGAAGUCAUGAAUCAGGAGUUGUGUAUAGUGGUUUGUCUAAAAGACCUAACCAGCAUUGUGGACAUUAAAACAUCGAGCCGACCUGCCAUGAUUGGUAGUUUAACAGAUGGGUCUACAGAAACAUUCUGGGAGUCAGGAGAUGAGGACAAAAACAAGACAAAAAACAUCACAAUUAACUGUGUAAAAGGAAUCAAUGCACGUUAUGUUUGUGUUCAUGUAGACAAUUCCAGAGAUCUUGGGAACAAAGUGACUUCAAUGACCUUCCUAACUGGCAAGGCAGUAGAAGAUCUCUGCAGAAUAAAGCAGGUAGACUUGGAUUCAAGACAUAUUGGCUGGGUAACAAGUGAACUUCCUGGGGGUGAUAAUCACAUCAUCAAAAUUGAAUUGAAGGGUCCAGAGAACACACUGAGAGUUCGACAAGUGAAAAUUCUUGGCUGGAAGGAUGGUGAAAGCAUUAAAAUAGCAGGCCAGAUUUCUGCAAGUGUAGCUCAACAAAGAAACUGUGAAUCUGAGACGCUGCGAGUAUUCCGACUUAUAACAUCUCAGGUAUUUGGAAAACUCAUCUCUGGAGAUGCUGAGCCAACCCCAGAACAAGAAGAAAAAGCACUGUUGUCUUCCCCAGAAGGAGAAGAAAAAGCAACAUCAGAUGCAGACCUGAAGGAGCACAUGGUAGGGAUCAUAUUCAGCCGGAGCAAACUGACAAAUUUGCAGAAACAGGUGUGUGCUCACAUAGUGCAGGCCAUUCGCAUGGAAGCCACGCGCGUGCGCGAGGAGUGGGAACACGCCAUCUCCAGCAAGGAGAACGCCAACUCGCAGCCCAACGACGAAGAUGCCUCUUCUGACGCUUACUGCUUCGAGCUGCUGUCCAUGGUGCUGGCGCUAGGCCGCCAGUACCUGGCCCAGCAGCUCACUCUGCUCCAGGAUCUCUUCUCCUUGCUGCACACUGCUUCUCCCAGGGUGCAGAGACAGGUAACAUCAUUACUGAGACGUGUUUUGCCUGAGGUAACCCCUAGUCGCCUGGCUAGCAUUAUAGGGGUGAAGUCUCUCCCACCAGCAGAUAUAAGUGACAUCAUUCAUUCAACAGAAAAAGGAGAUUGGAAUAAACUAGGUAUCUUGGACAUGUUUUUGGGUUGCAUUGCCAAAGCUCUCACUGUACAGCUAAAAGCCAAAGGAACUACUAUAACAGGGACAGCUGGCACGACUGCGGGCAAAGGAGUUACCACAGUCACACUUCCAAUGAUCUUCAAUUCCAGCUAUAUUCGGCGAGGUGAAAGUCAUUGGUGGAUGAAGGGAUCAACACCUACACAGAUUUCAGAGAUCAUCAUUAAACUCAUUAAAGACAUGGCAGCAGGCCAUCUGUCAGAAGCUUGGUCACGUGUAACAAAGAAUGCUAUUGCUGAAACCAUCAUAGCUCUGACCAAAAUGGAAGAAGAGUACAGAUCACCUGUGAGGUGCAUUGCAACAACCAGACUGUGGCUGGCCUUAGCAUCCCUCUGUGUACUGGAUCAGGAUCAUGUUGAUAGACUGUCCUCAGGAAGAUGGAUGGGAAAGGAUGGGCAACAGAAACAGAUGCCAAUGUGUGAUAACCAUGAUGAUGGUGAAACUGCUGCAAUCAUUUUAUGUAAUGUCUGUGGGAAUCUGUGCACAGAUUGCGACCGAUUCCUUCACCUCCAUCGGCGAACAAAAACUCACCAGAGACAGGUAUUCAAAGAAGAAGAAGAAGCUAUCAAAGUUGAUCUCCACGAGGGCUGUGGUAGGACCAAACUUUUCUGGUUGAUGGCAUUAGCAGAUUCUAAAACUAUGAAGGCUAUGGUGGAGUUCAGAGAACAGACAGGCAAACCAACCACCAGCAGCUCGGAAGCGUGUCGCUUCUGCGGGUGUAGGAGUGGAACAGAACUGUCAGCGGUGGGAAGUGUUUGUUCUGAUACAGACUGCCAGGAGUAUGCUAAAAUUGCCUGCAGCAAGACACACCCCUGUGGUCAUCCCUGUGGAGGCGUGAAGAACGAAGAGCACUGUUUGCCAUGCUUGCAUGGUUGUGAUAAGAAUGCCACAACUCUUAAACAAGAUGCUGAUGACAUGUGCAUGAUCUGCUUUACUGAAGCACUAUCAGCAGCACCAGCUAUCCAGCUGGACUGCAGCCACGUUUUCCAUUUGCAAUGCUGUCAACGAGUACUAGAAAACAGAUGGCUUGGGCCAAGGAUAACUUUCGGGUUUAUGUCCUGUCCUAUUUGCAAGAACAAAAUCAAUCAUACAGUAUUAAAGGAUUUGCUUGAUCCAAUCAAAGAACUCUAUGAAGAUGUAAGGAGAAAAGCACUAAUGAGAUUGGAGUAUGAAGGGUUGCACAAGAGUGAGGCCAUCACCACACCAGGUGUUAGAUUUUACAAUGACCCAGCUGGCUAUGCCAUGAACAGAUAUGCUUAUUAUGUUUGCUACAAGUGCAAAAAGGCAUAUUUUGGUGGCGAAGCUCGUUGUGAUGCUGAGGCUGGACAAGGAGAUGACUAUGAUCCAAGAGAGCUUAUUUGUGGUGCAUGCUCUGAUGUUUCAAGGGCUCAGAUGUGUCCCAAACACGGUACAGAUUUCUUGGAGUACAAAUGCCGCUACUGCUGUUCAGUUGCUGUUUUUUUCUGUUUCGGGACAACGCAUUUUUGCAAUGCUUGCCAUGAUGAUUUCCAAAGAAUGACAAGCAUCCCUAAGGAAGAGCUCCCACACUGUCCUGCAGGUCCCAAAGGUAAACAACUUGAAGGAACAGAAUGUCCACUUCAUGUUGUCCAUCCACCCACUGGUGAAGAAUUUGCUCUGGGUUGUGGGGUUUGCAGAAAUGCUCACACUUUUUAGACUAGCAUUUUUUUUUACCAGAGCAAAACAGGUGCCCUCAUCCCUCAAGUGUCCUGAAAGCUAAGUCCAGUUGGGAUGAGGAUGGGACCAUUUCAUAACCCAGGUAAAAGGAACAAUUUACAGUGCAAGAAGGAUGCCAAAUACCAUGUACAUAAUUCUUGCUGUGAGAUAUUGACAUUUUUUGAACUGAGACAUCAAAAUUUGUGAGGUGUUUGCAUGUGGCCAUUACAGUCAUCGGCUAGGAAACAUUGGACAUUUACAAAUAAACAAUUGCUAUUAAAGGAUCUGUGUGUCUGUGGACUAAGAAUGAUGCUGGCUUUCAGGAGAAAGAAAAAAUAUUGAUUAUUGUAUACUGACUUUUUGUAAUCUUGUACAAUUGUAACGCAUCACAAGUGGGGAUGGGAAAGAGGAAUAUUCUGGUUUAUUUCCUAGACUGUUAUAAAAAAAAAAUGUGUUAGGAAGGCAUAAAUGUAACAAGUAUCACGCUGUAUAUAAAGGUAUCAAUGUUUGUCCUGUAUAAGAAUUAUUAAAUUACAACAGCAGUUUCAUUUAAACUUCUGGGUUAUGUUUGAGCCUGAAAUGUUAAUGAAGUGCAAUACUGAGUGUGCCUCAUAUCUUGCAGCUGUAAACAUAAUGGAAUGUACAUGUCAAUAAAGCCACUGUACCUUUUUAUACAGUGAAAGUCUAAUGAACGUGUGAGCCUCCAUUUUGAGAAAUGCUCCUUCAAAACGGGGCAGAGGAGGG